AUGCCCUUCAAUCUCCAUCUGAAUGUGCCUGUGGUUACACCUGCAGAGGUUACACCCACCACAGAACCUGAACUUAAACCUGAAAAAGCCCCUAAGCCCGCACAGAGUCACAGGACCAAGAGGAAGCGCAGCUGUAAAGAUGCCUGUGAACCCCCUGCCAAGAAGAUUCUAGGAGACGGAACCAGAUCUCACAGUACACCUGUCACAUGGAGAUCCAGCUCAACGGGAAUAGUCAUAAACGAUCUCACAAUGGAGAUAGUUCGCUAUCGCCUCAUUGGACCACAGUCCCACACUGUUCUUGCUGAAACUUUGGAAGCUGCUACAGACUGUAAUGCUUUGGAUAAAUCCCAGCCAUCCCCCCUUUGGUGGCCUGAGCACUGCAAAGACGAGAGCAAGAUGAAUCUGCAUAAACAACAAGCUGAUAUCUUUAAUAUCCUGAAAGACAUCUAUUCCACCGGGGAGCUCCCUGCAGGCACAGUGCUGGGUCUGGCUGUAGAUGAUCCCAGGCUGACUUUACCAUCAAAGAAGGUUAAAGCUUUGCCAUGUGUAAAGCAGACGGAAGAGGUGGAUGAGGAGAAGAGGAGGGAGCUGAUGCUGCGUGGAGUACCCAAAAACUGUUGUCAGAGUUUCCUUUGGGAACAGUCUGUACGGGACAAUGUUACGGAUAACAAGAUAUCAGAGCAGGAGUUGAACCGUAUGAGAAGUGAGGUGCUGGUGCCAGGUUCCAGACUGAGCCCCACUCUACUACAAGGCCGAGUCCCUGUCCUGCUGGUCCACCAACCUGGUAAGCAGGUGGGACAUGAAAUGAGCUCCUGGGGUGCUGGAUGGGACCUGCUGCUUCCUAAAGGCUGGGGAAUGGCCUUCUGGGUCCCGCUGGUUUACAGGGGAGUCCGUGUUGGUGGGCUGAAUAUGAGUCUGAAACACUCUCAGAAUAAAGGAACCCCCCACUUUCCCCAUGAUUACCCAGACUGUCCGGCAGGUGUUCGUUUUCAGGAGGAGCAGGAGACCGAGCUCCUGGACAACUUCAAAAGGCGUCCACCCGCCAAGAGGACCAAUUAUGUGAAACAUGGCUGUCUGGCUCCAUUCUGUUGCCCAUGGCAACAGCUGGCUGAGGAAUGGGAGCUCAUCACAAUGGAGGAAAGAGAGGAGAGAAAAAGCGAAAGCCAGACCGAAACCACAACACACACUGACACAGUUAUGGAGCAAGAAAUGACAUCACAGCCAAAUAUCGGUGAAACAAAACCCCAAAGCUUCUUCACUGUACUGAGGAACAGAAAAUCUCUGAAACUACUGUCUGGGUGGUGUAGGCCCACAACAUCUAAAGGUCAGCGAUUCUGCCGCAUCGGGCAAGUGCCUCUUCCCGACUCGUCAGCUGUGAGAUUGUUUCUCACCGAGCAUAGGAUGAGUGUGGUGUGGGUGCGUUUGUCUCUGCUAUCAAAGGGGAAACCAGAGCUUCAUGCCAUGGUGUGUGUGCCACUCACAGAGGACCUGAAACUGCUGAGUAACAAGUCUGACUGCAGUGGCCCCCAGGAGCCCCUGCACAAAAAUCACUUCAAAACUAGAGCUAAGCACAAGAAAAAGGGCUCUAACAAAACUGCUGCUGCAUCCUCUUUGUCCCCUGAGAAGACUGAGGCGGAAGGGUCAGCGGAACCAAACCUCCCCGUAGCAGCCAAAGACCCCAAAUCAUCCUCCGAGUCUUCCACAGGUCUCAUCUUUGGGCUGUGGCCAGACCCUCUGCCGAGUGUCACCUCUCACUGCUCCAGAGUGACUCUAGGCUGGGUCACACAGGGAGACUUCUCCUUGUCUGCUGGGUGUGGGGAGGCUCUGGGCUUUGUCAGCGUUGCUGGUCUCCUCAGCACCAUCCUCAGUCAACCAACUGAAUACAGAGGAAUAGUGCUGCUGCGCAACCCUACCUCCCUGCAUUACCGCCUUGCAAAAAUCAACAUUGAGGUCUGAUUGAAGCAUCCGAUUCCCUUUUGUACUUGACACGUACUUUACAGAAAGAGCUAGAUUCUGCAUUAAUGGAGAGUGUUAUAUGCAAUUAAUUUGCCCUUUGCUUCGUUAACAGAAUCCCUGUGCCUUGUAAUUUCUUUCUUGUACCGUGCCAUCGUCUUCUCUACAGUGUUAGCAGCAGAGUUGAUGACAUGCCUGAGGAAUGGCUAACAGGUGUCAGUGUUAUUUUUAGUUGUGUAUUUUAGUUGUAUAUUUUACUGACGAGAGACAUCGUCACUGUUCCAUUUGAUUUGCUAUUUGUGGAUUCUUGUUUUCACACUCAUUCCUCUGACAGAUUCCACAUAGGAAUCAGUUGGUUUCAGAGAGACAAACUGGUUUUCAAGAAGGAAUUAAUUUAUGGCUUUUUGUGCAUCCUUUAAUAUCCAGGCUUAAUGACGCUGAAAGUAUUUAUCUUGAUGGCGUUCUAUUUUUUUAAGUCAUUUAAUGAGUUUCAUUUCAGAGCUGGCUGUCAGUUCAACAAGGUGCAGGAUUACUAAUUUUUUUUUGUUUGAACAUAAGCAAAUAAAACACUGCACUUGAAAGAA